AUGAGUUCUAUACUAGAACUUGUUACUGUAAAUGGCCGGCCUUUAUCAAUUAUUGAAAAUUCGGGAUUUCAAAGAAUUAUAAAUCCACUCCUAUCUGGGCUCAAUUUAGUUAUAAACAAAGAAAAUUUAUCCAGAACUAUUAAUAAAACAGCCCAAUCAAUUAGAGACAAAAUAUCGAGAGAGUUAACACUGACAGAUUUUUAUGCAGCAUGGUUAAGAUGCUGCAUCGAACUGGAAAAAAAUCCAAACCAUUUUGCUCAAUUACUAUAUUCUUGUCUUAAGAACAGAGAAGAAAGGUUUAUAAAGAACGAAAUUCUCUUAGCUGCCAUAUACCUGGACCCAAGAUACAAGGUAUUACUUAGUGAUGAUGAUAAGAUUUGUGCGAAAAAACAUCUUGUCAAUUUAUGGAGACGAAUUAAAAGCUUAACAACGCCGAUUUUAUCUGAUGAUAUUAGUUCCGAUGAAGUUAUUGAACAAGAAGAUGAUUUAGAGAAAUUGAUACAACUUAAAGAAAGGCAGGAGAAAAUACUUAAAAGAGGGCCAACGAUUGCUGAGAAAAGUAUUGGAACAAUAAUUACUGGAUUUAGCGAUUAUAAAAGAUUAGAUAAGAAGGAAAAUAUUUUGCAUUUUUGGGAGUCUGCUAAGCUGGAACACCCUGAAUUAUAUAUUUUAUCUAAAAUCUUAUUUGCUGUUCCUGCAACCCAAGUUAGCGUUGAAAGAUCUUUUUCACAUUUGAAAUUCAUUCUUUCACCACAUAGAUCGAGGAUGAGUGAACAACUCUUGGAAGAUAUUAUGCUAAUACGUCUAAAUAAAAUUUUUAAAAUUGAUACAUGACUAUAUGCUUUGUAUUUUUAACUAUAUUUGCCUAUAAAUAAAAUAAAAAAUUUAUUUUUUAUAUCAAAUUUAUGUCUAGUUUUUUAUUAUGAUUUAAAUAUAGAAUUUUUUUUAUCAACUCAAAAAUUCUUG